UUGCAGGUCCCCGCCAUGGCGCCCCACUUCAGACAGCGCCGGUCCGUGCUGCUGGGCGGCCCCGGGCCCUCGGGGGCGGGCUCCGGGCGCGGGGGGAAGCGGAGCCUGGUGACGCCCUGCCUGGUGGGGCUGUGCUCCGUGCUGGCCGUGGCGGCCGCCUGCCUGCUGGUCACGCUGCUGCUGCUGCAGCACCAGUUCCGCCCCGCGCCGGCCGCGCGCGCCCCGGGCGCCGCCCCGGAGCGCGACCUGGAGGUGCAGCUCCAGUCCAUGGAGCAGCGGCUGGAGAACCACGAGCAGUGGGCCAUGGAGCGCGUGCGUGACGGGCUCAACGUGAGCGGCGCCUCUCUGGAGGAGAGGGUGGCGUGGCUCCUGCGGCACGGGGAGAACCUCCAGGCCGCCAGGAUGAUCCUGGAGGACCACCGGAAGGCCGCGGCGGCCUCUGCGACCGUGGCGCCACCGGGGACCCCCGCCACCCACGACGCCGACACAACCACCCUCCGACCCUCCUCCUCGACUCCUGCCGCCGAAGUAGAUUCCACGACGCUCCGGGAUCGGCCUGCCGACGCUGAGCCUCUGGAGGACACGGAGACCAUCUCCGCCAGCGACGUGGACGAUCGGCAGCGCCAGCUGGAGGCAGCGACUGUGGCGCGUGCGGAGGGGGAAGUCCAGCCGGAGGCUGCUUGGCAGCCGGGGCAUCCAGCGCCAACCCGCCUGGCCAAGGACGUGCUGCCCGAGCGCUACGACCUGCUGCUGCACCCGGACCUCAAGACGGGCAUCCUGUCCGGACGAGUGUCCAUCACCUUGAGGGUGACGGCGCCGCGCCGCGACCUUUGGCUGCACGCCGAUGGUAUGCACAUCAAGGAGGUGGAGCUGGCGCUGGUGAGGGCGGACGAGGUCGCCGACGAAGAGUCCGGAGGCUGGUGCACUCGCGCUCCCGGUGGGCUCAAGGUGGAGGACACGCUCCUGUGGCCUCGCACCCAGUUCCUCGUGGUGCGCGUCGACUGCUUGCUGGCGCCGGGCGUUUAUGACCUACACGUGGUGUUCUCCGGCUCCCUGCUCGCGGAGGGACGGGGCAUGUUCCGCUCAGCGUACGCGACGUCCUCGAACGCGACAAGGUAUAUUGCUACAACCAAAUUUGAGCCUACUUACGCACGCCUGGCAUUCCCCUGCUUUGACGAACCCGCCAUGAAGGCAACGUACAAAGUACGCCUGGUAAAGCCGUCCUCCUCCGAGUACAUCGCGUUGUCUAACGGUGAUGUCAAGAGUGAGACUACAGACAAUGCAACCAAGUUGACCACAGUGGAAUUUGCGGAAACUGUGAAAAUGUCCUCGUAUCUGGCCGCAUUCAUUGUUUGUGAUUUUGAGAGACAGAAGGAGAAUGUAACCAUGAAUUCUGGAAAGCCAGUUAAUAUAUACGCUCGCCAAGAACAGAUCGCUAACACAGCUGAAGCUUUGGCAGUCGCGAAGAAUGUUGUUGACUUCUAUGCUUCUUACUUUGAUAUUCCAUACCCUAUGCCAAAAGUUGAUUUGAUUGCUAUCCCUGACUUUGUCUCUGGAGCUAUGGAGAACUGGGGUCUUAUAACAUUCCGUGAAACAUCGGUUCUUUUUGAUCCCAAUGAAAACUCUCCUGUUAACAAGGAAUCCAUUUCCGAAACAGUUGCUCAUGAGUUAGCACACAUGUGGUUUGGAAAUCUAGUAACAAUGAAGUGGUGGACAGACUUAUGGCUAAAUGAAGGCUUUGCUACAUUUAUGGCUCAAAAGAGUAUAGCAAACAUGCACCCUGACUGGGCAUAUGGUGAUCAAUUUGUUGUUGACACGCUACUUUCAGUCCUGAUGCUUGAUGCUGAACUCAGCUCUCAUCCUGUACUUCAAGAAGUAUCCAACCCAGAUCAGAUAACAGAGAUAUUUGACACAAUUUCUUAUGAUAAGGGGUCAUCCGUCAUUCUCAUGCUGGAAGCGUUUAUGGGGAUUGAAAACUUUAAGAAAGGCCUGCAUUCUUACCUAAACACUCACCAGUACAGCAAUGCAGAAACUGCUGAUCUUUGGAGAGCUUUGCAAGACUAUGCUCCUCCUGGUGUUGAUGUAGCCAAAGUAAUGGACACAUGGACACGUCAGAUGGGUUUUCCACUUGUCACUGUUAAUCAGACUGAAGAAGGAAAAUAUGUCCUCAGUCAGAAACGCUUCCUUUCCAACCGUGAAGCAAAAUAUGAUCCAAGCACCUCCAAGUAUGGAUACAAGUGGGAAAUUCCUAUUUCAUACUCAACAUCAACAUCUAAAAGUAAUAAUUUAUUAUGGUUGAACUCUGACAAGGACAGGAUAACUGUUGAGCUGCCAAUUAAUUCAGGGGACUGGCUGAAACUUAAUCAUAACCAAAGAAGUUACUACCGUGUAAAUUAUGAUGAUAAAGGAUGGGCUGCACUUAUUUCCAGUCUUACAACAAAUACUCAGCAAAUAGAUGCAGUUGAUCGAGCAGGCUUGAUCAGUGAUGCAUUUAGUUUGGCUGACGCUGAAGAGCUCAGAUAUGAAACUGCCCUUGACUUGACAAAGUACCUUAAGAGUGAAAAAGAGUAUGUGCCUUGGGAUGCUGCAUCAACUGCCAUUGGCUCAUUAGUGCAACGUCUUCCAGAUUCUGCAAAUCUUAAGAAAUAUGGUAUAAGUGUGUCUGAUCCUAUUGUGAAAGAACUUAGCUGGACUGUGUCCCAAAAGGACACCCAUUUGACUCGACGCUUACGAGCUUUGGUGCUAAGCCUCUCAUGUUCUCUGAAAAAUGAUGAUUCAUUAAAUCAAGCAAAUACAAUGUUUAAGAAUUGGCUGAAGGGUGGACAGAAGCCACAUCCUGACAUCCGCUCAGUAGUGUACAGAUAUGGUCUGGGUAAUUCAGAAGAUACCAAUGAUUGGGAACUGCUUCUUCAAAAGUUUAAGGACGAAAAAAAUACUCAAGAGAAGGUGAAGCUGAUGUUUGCUCUAGCUACAACUGCUAAUGAGUCACUUCUGGCAAAGUAUAUACAGAUUGCAAAGGAUGAAUCUGUUAUAAGAUCACAAGAUUAUUUCACUGUGCUCAGCUACAUUGCAGAAAAUCCGAAAGGGGUCCAACUUGUUUGGGAUUUCUAUAGGAUUGAGUAUAAAUAUCUGCUUGAUCGCUUUUCUCUCAAUGAUCGUAUAUUUGGACGGUUUAUUGCAAGAAUUGCUGCAAAGUUUGAUACCAAAGAGAGGCUAGAUGAGUUGAACGAAUUCUUCAGACAAAACCCUGAUGCUGGUGCAGGAGCAGCUGCAAGAAAGCAGGCAGUAGAGGGCGUAACAAACAGAAUCAAAUGGCUUGAUACGCACAAAAAAACUGUUGAAGAGUGGUUAGUGAAGAAUGUUUGAUAAGCCAUACCGCUAACUGUGCAGAUGGUUAAGUAACUUAUCAUUCAUCAUGAAACCUUUCUGCACAGUGUUGAGUUUAAGAUUACUGAUUUAGUCAAUAUGAGACUAAAUUAAGACACACUUAAAACUGUAUAUAGGUGUUUGAUAAGACUGAUAAAGUCUUAAGUUGACUUUAAAUGACUAAAAAUCAACUUCUUUCUCUUACAUCUAAACAAUCGACAUAGGAAAACAAGUGAUAUUUAAGAAAAUUAACAAUUUAACAAGCUUACGGCAAAAGGUAUAUAUACAGAGCAAACUAUUUACAUGUACAGGGCAAAUGGUAAAGGAAUACAAAAUACACACAUUAUAGUUGUAAUAAACACAAUACUGAAGUAGACCCCUGGAGCAGCCAUUUCAUGGCAAGGUUAUUAAAUUAGCCAAUAAGAGCUCAAUUUAUAAAAUGAGGGCAAAGAAAUUUAAGUCAACCAAUCAAUUUUUUUAAUGGUAUUUUUUAAAUGAAUUUUUGGCACUAUUUGUGGAUUUAAGAGGAAAGUAAGAUACAACUAUUGUAAAUUAUUGACAAUAAAAUGUGUACUUCGA